GUUUAUCUGACCAGCGGAACAAUCGUUUAAUUCAACAUGGCGCAUUUGAGUACUGAUCCAGCUUCCAAAGAUCGAUGGAUCGUGGUUUACCCAGCUUAUUUGAAUAGCAGAAGAACAGUUCAACAAGGACGACGUGUUCCUAAAGAAAAGGCUGCCGACAAUCCAACAGUUUAUGAAAUAAGAGAUGUAUGCCAGAGUCAAGGACUUAACUGUGAAGUAGAGGUAAAUAUUGUAAAUCUUUUUAUUUUGUUUUUAACCUGUAAAGUUCUUCUCUCUCUUUUUUUUGAGGUGCUAGAUAUCUCGGAAACAAAGUGAGCAAUGUAAUAGAAAAUGUUAAAAAUGUCUAAUGAAC